AUGGCCAAGAAAGGGAAGGCUAAAAACGGAGCAGCUCCCGCGGAGGGAGGACAGGAAGUGGCAACGCCAGCACCAGCCACAACCAACACGCCACUGAAUCCAGUUAGACCGGCCCCGGAAAAGCCAGCCAAGGAAGAAGAGGCUGCAAAGCCGGCUGCUCCUGCUGCUGCUCCCCAACAGAAGAAACCCGAAGUCGUAGCACCAACAUCGGCCCCGGAAAAUGAAGUGGAGGGUGAAACGGCGGGCGAAUCGAAGCGCAAGAAUAGCCGCCGCAAUCGUAAGAAGAAGACCGGAGAAGCUGUAACUCCAGAACAGCAGGCACGCGAAGCGGAAUCGAACACUCUCUUCAAUCAGAAAAAGCGCCUGCGCAAGAAGCGCUCCAAGCUGGCCCGCGCUUUGGAGCUGGCCGAGUCGAGUGGUAACGCGCAAAAGGCCGCCUUGGAGGAGGCCGCAUCCGGUGAGGCGGGGCUGUCGCCCGAGGAGCUUCGCAAGCGGUUGGAAGUUGUGGAGAAUCUAUUGAAGCACGUGCAGGCCAAGUCGCUGGAGGAGCAGAAGAAGGUCGAAACCUUGAAGAGUACCGCCAAAGCACCGGCACCGGCGCCGAAGUCCGAGGACAAGAAGGAAGAGAAGAAGCCCCGCAAGGAGUCGGAAUCGUCCUCGAAGAAUUUGACCAGCGAGAAGGUGCGCAAGGAGGCGGAUGUCAAGAAGCUGGCUACUGAGAAGGUUCAGAUUCAGAACGAAGCGAAACGGUUGGCGGAGGAGAAGGCCCGGAAGGAGCAGGAGAUGAAGAAGCUGCUGGAGGAGAAGGCAAAGAAGGACGCCGAAGCGAAGGCACUGCUAGAGGAGAAGGCCGCUCGGGAUGCGGAAUUGGCUCGGCUUACGCAAGCCAAGGCACGCGUCGAAGUGGUGGAGCAGAAGAUUAACGAACUCGAUCAGAAAGUCCAACAGCGGAAGGAAACGGAGGAGGUGAAGCCGACCCAGCCCGGAAGCCCGAAGCAGAAAAAGGAACAGGCACGCACGCGAAAGGAUUCCGAAUCAAGCAAGAAGAAGGAGGCUGAAGAAAAGUCCAAGAAGGAAGGAGAAGAGAAGCUCAAGAAGGAAGCGGAAGAGAAGGCGAAGAAAGAAGCAGCAGAUAAGGCAAAGAAGGAAGCGGAAGAAAAAGCAAAGAAGGAAGCCGCGGAAAAGGCCAAGAAGGAAGCGGAAGAGAAGGCAAAGAAGGAAGCCGGCGAAAAAGCCAAGAAGGAAGCGGAGGAAAAGGCCAAGAAGGAAACCGCGGAAAAGGCCAAGAAGGAAGCGGAAGAGAAGGCCAAGAAGGAAGCAGCGGAAAAGGCCAAGAAGGAAGCGGAAGAGAAGGCCAAGAAGGAAGCAGCGGAAAAGGCCAAGAAGGAAGCGGAAGAGAAGGCAAAGAAGGAAGCCGCGGAAAAGGCCAAGAAGGAAGCGGAAGAGAAGGCUAAGAAGGAAGCAGCGGAAAAGGCCAAGAAGGAAGCGGAAGAGAAGGCCAAGAAGGAAGCAGCGGAAAAGGCCAAGAAGGAAGCAGAAGAAAAGGCCAAGAAGGAAGCAGCGGAAAAGGCUAAGAAGGAAGCGGAAGAAAAGGCCAAGAAGGAAGCAGCAGAAAAGGCCAAGAAGGAAGCGGAAGAGAAGGCAAAGAAGGAAGCAGCGGAAAAGGCUAAGAAGGAAGCCGAAGAAAAGGCAAAGAAGGAAGCAGAAGAAAAGGCAAAGAAGGAAGCCGCAGAAAAGGCCAAAAAGGAAGCAGAAGAGAAGGCCAAGAAGGAAGCUGCGGAAAAGGCAAAGAAGGAAGCGGAAGAGAAGGCCAAGAAGGAAGCGGAAGAAAAGGCGAAGAAAGAUACUGAGGAAAAACUGAAACAGGAAGCAGCGGAAAAGGCAAAGAAACAGGCUGAAGAGGACGCCAAGCGGAAACAGGCCGUCGAGCCGGCCAAGCAACAACCACAGCAACAGCAGCAGCAGCAAAAUGGAUCGGCACCAACGACCCCUACGCAAGACAAACCGGUCGCCCCAAAGCAGGACCCUAAAAACAAUAAGAAAAACAACAAACGAACGCCCAAGAACAGUGUCUCCGAGGACGAGAAGAGCGCAACCAAAGGAACCGGUUCAAAAAACGGACCAAGCGGCGAUUUUGCCUCCUCUGCUGAACCCGUACCGGUAGCAAAAUCGCAGGAACUCCAGUCAGCACCAGCGCCAGCACCGAAGGCCCCGGAAGCGGCGGCCCCGGCCAAUGUCAAGGCAGCUCCAAAGCCAUCUAAUGGAAAACCAGCAGCACCGGCAUCGCCACCUGCCAAUGCAAAGCCACAGACUGCUCCUGCCGCCACCACCAAAACUCCGGAGAAACCAGCUCAACCGCCCAAGACUGCAGCGCGUAGCUCGCCACCAAAGACCACUGCCAAGGCUCCGUCACCACCGAAAACUCCCGCACCUGCACCCUCGUCAAAGGCCGCUGCCAAGCCGAGUACACCUCCCGCCACUAAGAAGCCGGAUCCUCCACCAAAGCCCGAGUUCCUGAAGAAGAAGUCACCCUCGGUGGAGAAGGAGAAAGCACCCGCUCCGAAAGCUGCCGCUCCAGCACCAACACCGGCCGCAGCACCCGCCCCGAGCUCAGCACCUGCCUCUCCCGCCCCAGCACCAGCGACAGCUCCAGCACCAGCUCCGGUACCAGCACCGGUCCCUGUUGCAGACCCGGCAGUCGCUGCCCGGUUGACCGACGAUGCACUCAACGGACAGAAGAAACCCGCCUCAACGCCAUCGGCCGCCGCGGCCAGUGCAGCUGCUGCCGCCGCCGGCAACACCAACAAACCGAAACCAGUACAGAAGAAACCGGAGGUUCCACCGAAGCCGGACGUGCACAACAAGAGCGCCGCCAAGAUGAAGACCCCGAUCAAGCAGCCGAGCGGCAAGGCGUCCUCGACGUCUGAUUGCAGGUCGCCGGCAGCAACGGAGCUAAGUAGGACGGAAGCAUUUAAGAAGAACAUGGACAUUAUAUCGACCAUCGCGGACGUCCUGCUAUCGUACCCACGCUCUAAGCGGAACCGAGCGGAGGGCGCCACCAACUCCAACGAUCCACCCACCGCCAAGAGUUCCUUCGAUCCUUCCUCCUUCAGCCAGCAAACUCCCGCUUCACUCUUUUCAGCCCUCUUUCCCACGCAAUCAUCCGGUGGUUCGAAAGAUCAUCCACCAUCCGCUUCCGAUCCUCAGGCAAGCAACAGCGAGUCAUCCGAACCCAGCACUAGCGGCGAUGCGAAGAAACAGAAAUCGAAACUCGAUCUGGAACGCAUCCUGCGCAUACUUCAAUCGACGCAGCCGAACGCUCCACGGCCCGUAGAGGGUGGUGGACAAUCAUCGACAUCACCGGCAGGUCCAUCGACAAGCAAACCCUCCGAGACAACAACCGAUGGAGCUCCGGAGAAUCCAUUCGGAUCGUUUCUAACGAAGGACGCAAUCCGUGCACUGAUGCCUACCUUGCAGGAGGUGAACGUCAAAUUUAACGUGGAGAAGCAGCUGGAGGCACUUAACGCGACGGCAGCCAUGGCGAAGCUUCUUCCCAAAACUCUCCCCCCGGGAACCGAUACCACCGAGGAGGAUGAACUUGAGGAAGAUCUGCUCGACGAUGAUGCGGAAGAUACGAUCGAGUACAAGUUCACACCUCGGCCGGUCUUCAUAGCUACCAUCUGUCAGGUGUGCAAGAACCCUCUGAAGACCUUCUUCCACUGUGAACGAUGUCGGAUGGUGUCGUACUGCGGCGAGGAGCAUCGUCGUGUCGAUCAACCACCACAUCGGGAUCUUUGUGCGGUACUGUGCGAAAUUGCUUCAAUGCGAGGAGGACACAUCUACCAGUUGGCCCGGAAGCUCAACGUUCAGGAGUACCGUAGCCUGCGCGUUCAAACGCUCAACCAGAUCGAGCUGACGCUCAAGCGACCCCUGCAGGCGUUCGAGCGCGAGAUUGUACUGUUCCCACGCAUCUGCCUCCAGCCGAACUGUCGCGCCUGGAACCAGGAGCUGCUCACGGAGUGCAAAGACUGUCGGCAGGUGUCGUACUGCGCCAACGAACCGACACACCUGCAGGAAUCGCACAGUCGCUGGUGCAAGGCGUACCUGCUCUUCCAGAAGUUGAUCCUCCGGCAACGCAUUCUCGGCCGCAUCGAGCCCGUCCUUCCAUCGCGUAUCAUCUCCAAACCGACCCCGCUGGCGGCGAACAUCGACGAAACGUUCAAGCAACUGUACAAGAACUCCUCUGCUCUUCGGGAUGAAUGUGUGUACGCGGUGCUGUCCCAGAUAGCGACGGCUCCGCUGACCGCCCUGUACGCGUACCAGCAGACUGGUCUACCGUUCGGGAAAACAUUCACCAUCCACCUCGUUGGAGCCGAACUGCAGUUCGAGGGCGACACACUGGACAAGUGGGAAGCGUUCUUCCUUCACCUCGUACCGGAAGUCGCAGUUCUGCGCGUCGUGUUCGUUGGCCCGGAGUUGAACGUGGAAAAUCUACCCAUCGACAUCAUAAGCCGCAUACGAAUGUGCCGUACCUGCCGUACAAAGUGUCGCGUGGUCGCAUUCGAUUUCCAGUGUCGCACGAUGUACCACGACUACCGGCACAGCUCCCGAUAUCAGCGACCGGAUCUGAUCUGCUUCUUCAACCCGGGACUGCAUCGUUUCACCGGCUACGCAGGGCUCGACAGUUGGCCACAAACGAUCCGCACCGCGUCCGAUGCCGGCUGCCCGAUGCUGGUGACGGCGUACACCGAGCUCGAGUCUCCGCUUGACCUGGAGCGACUCCUGCGCGAGUCGUCCCGAGCGCUGAAAGUUAUCCGUCCACCGUCGGUGAAUCCCUUCGGUUCGAAGCGACCCGAUCGUAACUUCAUUUCGGAUGAAACGGCCCCGAUGAUCUUCAAAAACUAUUUCUAUUUUGUGGUGCAAUAA